ACAACCCCUCCCACCCUCACUCACUCUCGACAUCCAUCCAUCCACUCGUCACUCUCUUCCAUCUCGCAUCCAUCCACCCCGAUCCCACAGUCUCAAAACCUCACUUGUCUAACCCACACCAAGCAAGCACAACCAAGCGCAAGCACGCCCCGAAUCCCGGACCCCCUUCCUCUCCCUUCAUCCUCGACGACGCACAGAGCCCGGAACAAUCGGCCUGCCCGCACGCGCAUAGCGACCAACCAACCCCCACUUCUUUCAACUCUUUCGCGCCUCGGCCCCCCAACCCAGUCACCCUCUUUUUCAAAGGCGUACAGUCGAGCAAGCACUCACUUGACACCGAUUGUUCGAAACAGCUCCCAUGCAGCCCGCUGGUAUUUACAACCACCACCGCCUGCCUCCCGCGGCUGCGCCGUCGGCGGCCCCGCUGUCUGCCGUCCCUCCCGCGUCGAUCGCUCGACUGGGAGAGUUCUUUGACUUGAUCAAGGCCGAGUUUGAGACGGUUGCCCAGGAUGGCGGCAACUGGAAGGUGCAGAGGGACGAAUACGAGGCAAAGAUCUCGCAGCAGAUCAACGAGCUCGGCAUGAUUCGUCAGUCACUAUACGAGCUUGAGGCGACCCACGCCAAGGUCCGACAAGAAUACGAGGCCGAGAUUGCCCGUUUGCGUCGUGAGCUCGAGAACCGAGGCCCGCCUGGCAACGGACCAGCGCCCACCUCUCCCCCUCACCUCCCUCCUGCCAGCGGACCAGAGGGCAACGAGCGCGGAUCAGGAUAUCCAUCUGCCCAGCUUCCCGGCCCUCCGCUUAACGGCGCAGACGCCAGCGCCUCUCGCUCCCCUUACCCCCCUGCUUCCAUUCCUCGACCUCUCUCGACUACCGUCGACCGCAAAGAGUCGCGAUCCGUCACCCCCACGCGGAGUCCUCCCACGCUCCUCUCAGACCUUGACCCGGACAACGUAUCGCGCGAGUUGAAGAAGGAGGGCUCGGAUUGGUUUGCCAUCUGGUCGUCGCAUUCAAAGAAGCAGCUCGAUGUGUCGCUGGUCCACUCCCUUGUCCACGACACGGUCGUUUGCUGCGUCAAGUUCUCCAACGACGGCAAGUACCUUGCCACCGGCUGCAACCGCACCGCUCAGAUCUACGAUACCAAGACUGGCGCAAAGAUCUGCGUCCUCUUGGAUGAGUCGGCGACGAGGACGGGCGACCUUUACAUUCGCAGCAUCUGCUUCAGCCCAGACGGCAAGUACCUCGCCACGGGUGCCGAGGACAGGCAAAUCAGGAUCUGGGACAUCAAGCAGCAGCGCAUUCGCCAUCUGCUCCAGGGUCACAUGCAGGAGAUCUACUCGCUCGACUUUAGCCGCGACGGACGCUUCCUUGUGUCGGGCUCCGGCGACAAGUCGGCCCGUGUCUGGGACAUUGAGAAGGGCGUGUGUGUGUUUGACCUCCGCAUCGAGGACUUCAUCCACAACGAGCACGGCCCCAUCGACGCCGGCAUCACCUCGGUCGCUCUGUCUCCCGACGGCAAGCUCGUUGCCGCUGGAUCUCUCGACACGAUGGUUCGCGUGUGGAACGUCCAGACUGGCCAGCAGGUCGAGCGCCUCAAGGGCCACAAGGACUCUGUGUACAGUGUUGCGUUCUCGCCCGAUGGCAAGUGCCUGGUUUCCGGCUCGCUCGACCGCACCCUCCGUGUCUGGGACCUUACCCAGACGAAGCGCGCACUGGACGGCAACGGACCCAGCUCCAAGGAUGCGGCCGAAAAGGGUGGCUUUGGAAGCUGCGCGUCUACGCUCAACGGCCACAAGGACUAUGUUCUCUCGGUCGCCAUCUCGCCAGACGGACGCUGGGUGGUUUCGGGCUCCAAGGACCGCUCGAUCCAGUUCUGGGACAUCCACUCUGGUCAGGCUCAGUUCAUGCUGCAGGGUCACAAGAACUCUGUCAUUUCCAUCGACCUUGCUCGCUCGGGCGGAUUGCUGGCCUCUGGCUCUGGUGACUGCCACGCGAGGAUCUGGAGUUAUGGCCCCCCGUAGAAGCGUUAAUGUUGUGUUCUGAAUCUUUAUAGUGCGCGAGUCUGUGCACGCCUGUAGCGGUGCCGUAGAGUUGGGAUGCAGC